AUGAUGAGAAUGCACGAUGAUUCUGACGAAGAAGAAGAUGACGAUCUCAUUGUUUUCAAGGAGAAACAGGCUCCCGGUUUCUCGUUGUCGCAAUUGACGCAGAAGAAUAGCCAGCACAGCCAAAGUCAAGAAUCAUUGCCAAGUAGACGUCCAGCAUCUCGAAUGAUUUCCCGCCAAGAACGAAGAAAAAGGCGAAACGAGUGGAAAGAAAGACAGCUUCUAGACCAGCAGGAACUCGAUUCGCCAGAAUUCACUGCCCCUGAGACAGAAGACGCGUUUGAAUCAUUGAAAUCGUUGCUUACAGAUAGCCAGACGAUUACUACGCCAGGGCCGAAAACAGUCGAGAAGCAAAAGGUAGUGAAUGAAAAGGAAAACAAUGUCAUGAAGCAGAAACCAAGAAAUAUAAAUUUAAAUGACUCAAAGAGAAAGGAAUGUUCCAGACUGGAUGGUGGUAUGAAUACUCGAAAUCCAUCAAGCACAGCCAAUGACCAUGGCGCGACAAAGGAAAGGCACUCUAUCGACAAAUCAAUUUCCAACGAAGCCAACGAGACAACAGAAUUCGAUUCCAACGAUCUGGAUCAAGAAGAGGCCGUUAAGCAUGAUGAAAUUUUACCGGAGACACCCAGACUGAGAUCCAACACGCAAAGAUCACGAAGUCCAGAGAAAAGCGGAUUUGGUUCAGACUUUGAAACUUUGUCCCCAGUAAAACCUUCCAAGAAACAAAGAAAGAGUCGUCACAGCACUUCGAAACACCCAAAGUCUACUAGCCAACGCCAACACUCGUCACAGUCUAAGCGGAAGACUUUGAGACACAUGACUCCAUGGGGCUCCUCCAAUGGUCAAAACCAAACCAUCACUCAGACACGAAGAGUCAAAUCUAUUAUUGGAUCACGUCCAAGCAGUUGGAAAAAAGAACCGGAAAGGGCACUCGAAUGGAAACAACCACGAGUUUCCAAGAAGCGUUCGUCACCAACCUCUUCCAAGUCGACACAACUUGCAUCACAAAAGGCUGCUACCAUGUCCCAAAUCAGAGCCAAGUAUAUGCCGCAACCGUUUCGUACAAGAACAACUUCAUUAUCAGCAACAAAGCGAACAACAACUAGUACUCCGAGUGCUGCCUCCAGCCGCUCCAAAGGUAGCCUUGACCGUUCCAUGUCACCGGUAACCUUCGCUCCCUCCUUCUUGCCCACAAGUAUGCGGCGACAUGAUGAUGACGAUGACGUGGAAGAAGUGCGCGAGAAAUCCCCUAGAAGAGUCAUCAGCGCAAGCUCUCCACUUCAGUCAACUUCCCCCCUUCUACGAGAUGCACAACUAGGAAGUCCCAUUCCUCGAAACAGUCGGCGUGGCAAAAAGACGAUCGGCCCGUGGCAGCGGAGAUUGGAAGCUUUGCAGAGCUCCCGCUCGAAUGAUGCUAUUCGAUUGCAGAAUGAGGCCUUUCGCCGCCAAGCGUCGUUUGAAAUGAACGACUACCGAAAAAAGUCUCGGUCCCACACGGACAUUACGAUCCUAGGAGAUUGUGGUACUAAUUUGCGGCAAAAUGGAAAAGCUGCACAAGAUUCUUCCAAAAUAUGCGUCAUAGCAUAUAUCCACGCGCAUGUACAUCAUCAUGUUCAUCAGGAGCAGCAACAACCACAACAAAAGCCAACGCUGCAACAUCAAUUGGCAUGGGCCACCUUUACCUUCUUGACUGCCCGAAGUAUCAACUUGCAAAAGGGAAAGCAAUUGCGUCUUUACGAUUCUAUUAUUUUACCCUGUCUACAGCCAACGCCUAUUGAAGGAAUGACAGUCGACACUCUUGAGAGUAACGUUUGCGAGCGCAUCAUUGUGUCUACCUGGCUGUGCGAAAAUCAUCCCAAAGGGCUUCCCAAGCUGUCGUUUGGAUGA